AGGAACAUAACGUCUGAUACAUGCUAACACCAGCUAGCUAACGUUUGUGAAAUACAUUUUUUAACUAAAUUAUUAAACUUUUCGAAGACUACUUUAGGUUCAUAGCUAUUCGUAGUAUGAGCGUAGAAAUACACGCUCCUUAACGUUACAUAUUUAAUCUUGUAAUGAGGAGCACUCUUUAGUUUACCUUAUCUUAGCUUCUCUGGCGUUAGCCACAUGCUAGGUUAGUUGCCAUGGCAGCGCCACCUCUUUGAGUGUUCUGGCGCCAUCUUGAGGUGACGCUGUGAACUCCAGCCGGACGCAUCACGGACGUAGAGGCGGAUACGAGUCCGUCUUGUAGUAGAUGCGCAGAUGAAGAUGCCAGAUGCACAGCCGCAUUGGUUAUGCUUCUUGUUUUUUGCUUUGUUUUUCCGUCCCGGGGCAGCGGUAGAGAUCUCCGUAUGGAAUAUAGAGAUCAACUCGACACAAGAGGAACACAAUAUCGUGUUUCGGAAGACGCUGUACAGCAACACCACCAUAUUCAUGAGGUUCCAGGGUGACACCGCGUCAUGUGACAAAAACCUGGCCUUCAACAUCAGCUGGUUCCUGCGCUCCUCUGUUUGCUACAACGAGGUCUUUAACACAGCCGACAGCAAAGCCAUUACCAUGUUUGGGAUGCACCCCAUGUUGAAAGAAGGCUGGAGCGGCUUCUACAGCGAGGGCUACAUGUACUUUGACAACUGCUCCUCCCUCUUCUCACCGAAGGUGUAUUAUCCUGAGUUCUACCCUUACCAGCCCCUCACCAGGGAAUAUGGUCAGAGUGAUUCUUCCAAUCAGAGCCUUAUUUGGCCGGACAAGCCGGAUAUUGGUGCAGCGGCCAAAGCCUGGGAGGACAGUCCGUACCUGUUCAUAGUGAAGGUGCAGCCUUUGUUCCACGGAGUUGAGGGCGAAGCCGCGUCGCGCAACUUUGCUUUCACAAUGAAAGUUGAGAUGAAGGGACCACACGAGUACUCUUCUCCAGCAGACUGGCCCCUGAUGAUGUUCUUCAUGGUCAUGUGUAUCGUGUACGUGCUGUUCGGGGCUCUCUGGCUCUUCUGGUGUGCCUGCUAUUGGAGGGACCUGCUGCGGAUCCAGUUCUGGAUCGGCGCCGUCAUCAUCCUGGGCAUGCUGGAGAAAGCUGUGUUUUACUCCGAAUAUCAGAGCAUCCAUUACAAAGGAGACUAUGUUCAAGCUGCUGUGAUUUUUGCCGAGCUACUUUCUGCACUCAAAAGAUCUCUGGCCCGAAUCCUGGUCCUCAUUGUCAGUCUUGGAUACGGCAUAGUCAAGCCGCGGUUAGGUACCACGGUUCCCCGGCUGGCUGCCGUCGGCCUUCUCUACCUGCUCUUCUGCUCCGUGGAAGGCGUGCUAAGAGUGACGGGUGGUUUCUACGGGACGGUCGCCCUGGUGGCCAAUCUCAGCCUCUCCCUCAUCGACUCGUGCGUCAUGUGGUGGAUUUUCAUCAGCCUGUCUCAAACCACUCGUCUGCUGAAGCUGCGCAGAAACAUAGUGAAACUCUCGUUGUAUCAGCACUUCACCAACACCCUCAUCUUCUCUGUUGUCGCUUCCAUCAUAGUCGUCAUCUGGACCACCAGAGUCUUCAAGCUGGUGGACUGCCAGACGGGUUGGAGGGACUUGUGGGUGGACGACGCUUUCUGGCGACUCCUCUUCUCCACCAUUCUGCUGGUCAUCAUGGUGCUGCUGCGGCCUUCUGCCAACAACCAGCGGUUCUCCCAUUCUCCUCUGAUUGAUGAAGAUGAUGACGAGGAAGAGGCCAAGGAACCAAUGCUGAGUGAAGCUUUCGAGGGCAUGAAGAUGAGAGGAUCAAAGCCCGACUCCAAUGGCUCCCAGAAACUAUUGAGUAAAGAGGAUGAAGACCUGAAAUGGGUCGAGGAGAACAUUCCCACAACUGUUGCUGAUGUAGCUCUCCCCGUGAUGCUCGAUGAAGAAGAGGAAAUCCUGAAAACCAAGAUGGAGAGAUCCAAAAUGGAGUAGAAGUGAAUGCGAGAAGAUGUGCGAGUGAAAGCCAAUUUCACUGAGACAGCAAUGAAUGCGUUCUCAGUGAUUUCGUUACCAAAAAAAACCCUUCUCUAAUUACAUUUUUCCUUCUAUGUCACAUGUAUUGAAAACACAGUAAUAAGCAAAGAGAAGCUUGUAAUUUGCAGGCCUCUGAUUUUAAAUCUGCCUGUGGUGUUGAUUUGGCGGAACCUUGUACAAACGGAAACACACAAGUUAAUGUGCAUAAUAAGAUUAUAUUUAACACACUGUUCUGGACACUUGAAGUCACAGUUAUCUUCAGAUAUGUGCUGUGCCGUUCACUAAAUGUAGAAAAAAACACGCCGUUGUCAACAGGCGUUACAUACCUGUCACACGAUGACCUGCGUUACCUGUGUGAAUGAGCAGGCGGCUGUGUGGUGUGAUUAACCAUAGAGCUGAAAACAUUGCUUUUACCAAAUGAGGGAGUAUUUCCUGAGCUCAUUUCUCACGGCUGCACAAAUGAACGGCCCUCGUCUGAUUGUCAACACGCGACUAACACGUCGUCUGGCUCACCGACGACUUCCUGUCCCUCUACGGGAAAACGGCCGCGUCGAUACUUGAAGCAUAUCACAGUUGUCAGGGUGAAACUGCAUUCAUUUGUGGGGGGUUUUGUGGGGGGGGGGGUGAUUCUUGAGUUCACUGGAACGCACUGUUUUCCGGGCUUGGAGAAUGUAACUUAAUAUAUUUAUUAUAACAUAUUUAGCUUCUCGCAUGAAUAGUGUUUUAAAAAGUGAAAACCUCUUUCGGGCUUCUCAAUCACAGAAUCCAUAAAAAGCUUCAUGGAUGCGGCGUGGGGGCUAAAAAAGUGCACAUUGGAUUAACUGAACGUUUUUCAUUGUUUGUUUAAAGUCCGCACCCAAAUUCAGCAGCACGUGGUACAUGCUAAUUUAAUUAAAUUUGAAUUUCCAUGCAAUUAAAUUAUUUAGAACCUCACCCAUUCACACUUCAUCUUCCCUCAUGUGGCAGAAUGACAUCCCGUCCUUGUGCAAUCUACUGCAGUAUGUGUGGGUAUUCUAAGCUCCUUAUCUAUGUUUUCUUAUAAUGUUGUUGAGGAUACUAAGUUUAAAGUGACUAAAGCCCAAUGUCUGCAUUGUAAUGUGAAGAUGAUGACAUUGUAUGACUUUUUGCGUAUGUCCUGCAAAUAAAAUUUAUAAUGAAACA